AGCCGAACUUGUGCGUCCCUUUCAGAAUGAACACUCCAUGAUGGCAGGGAUCUUUUUACGCUAAUGCGUCUCAAACACCUAGAACAGUUUCUGUACAAGGGUGCCCUCAGAAGCCUCCAGUUGAAACUCCAGCAGAAGCCAGGAAUGAUGGCCGUGGACACAAGAAAGUCUGCUGGCCAGCUGUUCCAAGCCCCAUGGGGUCAGCAGGGGCCUGUGAUGGUGAAAGUGAAGUUGGAGGAAGAUCACCUCAGGAAUCAGGGUCUCAGCCUUCCAGAGAACCAGCCUCCUGCCUGGGAGAUCUUCAGGCAGCAGUUUAGACACUUCUGCUACCAGGAUUCCCCUGGUCCCCAAGAAGCACUGAGCCGGCUCCGGGAGCUCUGCCAUCAGUGGCUUAGGCCAGAGACACAUACCAAGGAGCAGAUCCUGGAGCUGCUGGUGCUGGAGCAGUUCCUCUCCAUCCUGCCCCAGGAGCUCCAGGCCCAGCUGCAGGAACAUCAUCCAGAGAGUGGGGAGGAGGUGGUGACCAUGCUGGAGAAUCUGGAAAGAAAGAGAAAUGUACACAUAGGAAGAGACUACCAGUCAGGAGGGGAAGAAGGGGAAGGGUGGGAAACAGCAGAUUCGGGGAUGGUGAGUAAAGAUACUGAAGGCAUCGUGCUCCUUUACUGGUCAUUCAUCGUUCACAGCAGCAAAGAUCUUUCAGCCUGUGCUCUGGAACAGAAGAUCCUUUUGCAGACAGUGACACUUAAGACACUAGAUGAAAAAUCUUCAUGUACCAGAGUUCAACCUCCAGCAGUCCAGUUCAAGGGCAAAGGACCUGAGCCCCACGCAUCAGAGGAAAGAGAUGGUGGUGUGAGGACUGAGAACCUGACAUUAGAAGUGAAGCAGGAACCUUAUGAAGAAAUAUUAUGGUGUAGGGAGGGGUCUGAUGGACAUCAUGAAACUGUGUGUCAGCAUGCCACAUACAGAGGAGACAGUGAGCCUAGUGGAAGUUUGGAGUUGCAGGAUGGGGAUGCCACAGGUGAAAAAAAAUAUGAAUGUGAUGAAUGUAGGAAAACCUUCACUUGGAUAAGAGGCCUUCAGCUGCAUAGGAGGAUCCACAUUGGGAAGAAACCAUAUUCCAGUACAGAAUAUGGAAAGGCCUUCAUCAGACGUGUAGAACUUACUCAGCAUCAGGGGCUUCAAAGCAAGGGAAGACCUUAUCAGUGUAAAGAGUGUGGCAAAGGCUUCAGUCAGAAAGCAGGCCUCUCCCAACAUCUCAAAAUCCACACUAGAGAAGAGCCCCAUCAAUGUAAUAAAUGUGGCAAAUUUUUUAGUCAGAGAUCGGUUCUUACAAAGCAUCAAAGCCUCCACACUGGAAAGAAACCUUUUGAAUGUAUAUGCUGUGGGAAAACCUUCUGCCAUAGUGCAGACCUCACUGAACAUAGGCAAUUCCACAACAAAGAGAAGCCUUAUGAAUGUAAUGAAUGUGGGAAAACCUUCAGGCAGCGUUCAAAUCUUACUGAGCAUCAGCGAAUUCACAGUAAAGAAAAACUCUAUGAAUGUAAAGUAUGUGGAAAAGCCUUCGCUCAGUAUGCAGGACUUAACCAACACUGGAGAAUCCACACUGGAGAGAAACCUUUUGAAUGUCCUGUAUGUGGACGAGCCUUUAGCCGGAGCUCAGAACUUAUAAUACAUCACAGAAUUCACUCAGGGGAAAAACCCUAUGAAUGUGCCGAGUGUGGAAAAACCUUUAGAGUGAACUCAACCCUGGUCAUACAUCAGAGAAUUCACACUGGGGAGAAGCCCUAUAAAUGUGAUGAGUGUGGUGAAGCCUUCAGUCAACACUCAGGCCUCAACAAACACAAGUUAGGAGGGAAGCACGGAAACCCUCCUAAACCAAGAAAAUAUACGUGUGAUAUAUGUGGGAAGACCCUCACGCAGUUAACUGGCCUGAGAAACCACAAAAGAAUCCACACUGGGGAUAAGACCUACCAAUGUCCUGAGUGUGGCAAGGCCUUCACAAGGGGAGAGCAUCUUAUUGAACAUCAGGGGAUUCACAACAAGGAGAAGCCUUAUCAAUGUAAAGAGUGUGGCAAAGCCUUCAGUCAGAAGACAGGUCUUAGUCAUCAUCUCAAAAUCCACACAGUAGAGAAACCUUUCAAAUGUUCUGAAUGUGGGCGAGCCUUCAGCUGUAAGUCAAAUCUCAAUAAACAUAAGAGAGUCCACUCUGAGGAAAAAUCCUAUACAUUUAAGUAGUGUGGGAAGGCAUACAAGCAGAGAGCAAUGCUGAUCCAACAUCAGAGAGGCCACAUCCUACUAAGCCCCAACAGUGGUGAAUGAGGUGAAGCCUGCAGUAGAAGCUCAGUUCUGAUUAAGCACCAGAGAAUCCACUAAAAUGACUCCUUGCCAAGGUGUUUGGUGACAACUUCAAGUAGAGUUCAGAAUUUUUAAAAAUUGAGAUAAAAUGUUUCUUGAACUUCCUUAUUUAAAGAACAUCAGAGAUAACACAUUGAAAAGUUGUUUAAAGGUCAUAAAUGCUGGAAAAGUUGAGAUUUUGGAAAAAUAAACAUCAACAAGAAAUUUACCUGUGAUUACCUUUGUUAAAUGCA